CCAAGUCUGAGUGAAUAAUUGCCUCAGUGAGUGAAACGGCGACGUUUGGUUGGCCAUUCAAAAAACCGGUCGGGUCAUGGUGAAGUGUAACUCUUCACCUCUCUUGUUGUUCCAAGACCUUUCUACUCUACCAGCUGAUGAUGGUCUUGAGACUAUUGUCCGAAACCACUUCGCCGGUGAUGUAAAAUCCAUGUACAAUUCGCCACCACGACCUUUAUUGGAGCGGUUGUUGAGGUACCCAAGACACCCACAUUGAAUUCCUUCCCCCUGUCCUCCAAUUUCGACAAGAAUCUCCUCCGUGUUAUGACCAUCACGACUGGGCUCUAUUCCUGCAGACGCUAAGAAGAUCAUUCCUCAUCUCCUCAAUAACUUCCGGUGGCAGACUUCCUCUCGGAACCCAAAUGAAGCCAAUUCUGCCCUCUUUGCCUUUCAUAUGCAGAAUGUCCUUAAUGAUUGGCUAAACUGGAAUUUGCUGAGAUUUUGGAUGUCGACCCUGCCAUCAUUCUUCCGAUUGCAUCCCUGACCACCACUACCGUAACUCGAUAUGCUACAUCAAUAUGUGCUUUCACCCAAGACUUAGGUGGAGGAUUCCAGUUAAAUACGUGGCUAAGCUUGAAGAUGGGACGGUUGUUUUGAAAUCUGAUGGGGUGGAGUUCACCGUGGAAGAAGGUUAUUUCUGUCCUGCAUUGGCCAAGGCUGUGAUGACAAUGAAGAAGGGAGAGAAAGUCAUCCUGACCGCGAAGCCAGAAUAUGCGUUCGGUGAGAAUGGAAGGCCAGCAUCAGGUGAUGAAGGUGCCGUGCCUUGGAAUGCUUCUCUGCAAAUUGAUCUCGAGUUGGUAUCUUGGAAGGCUGUAUCUGACAUAACCAAGGAUAAGAAGGUUCUCAAGAAGACCCUGAAGGAGGGAGAGGGAUAUGAAUGUCCCAAUGAUGGAGCUGUGGUUCAAGUGAAACUUAUUGGUAAGGUGCAAGAUGGGACUGUUUUCGUGAAGAAGGGUCAUGAUGAUGAGCAGCCAUUUGAGUUCAAAAUUGACGAGGAGCAAGUGAUUGAUGGACUUGAUAAGGCUGUAAUGAACAUGAAGAAAGCGGAAGUUGCGUUGGUGACCAUACAUCCUGAAUACGCUUUUGGCUCAUCUGGGUCAACUCAGAAGAGUACAUUAGUGCAAUCCAUUCUCAAGUAGAAUGAGUGGUGAUUGUCUCGAGUUGUGAAGUCACGUGUAUUUGAGUAUGCGGUCUAAGAUUUUGUUUAGGAACUUAGGAUGAUUUAAAUAUGCACAAAAUCCAAGUAUUUAUUAGGUGAAACUUCUUAAUGCUUGUUAAGUAUGCACAAGUUAUUAUUAGACUAUGAUAUGAAACCAAUUAUUCAUGCUUUGUAAAUUUAUAUUGAUGAAUUCAACAUGCCAAAUUCAUAGCUUC